UCCUCACGCUUAUAAAGCCCUGCCCCUUACCUAGGGUUUCCUCAUCCCUCCUCACAGCCGCCGCCGCCGCCGCAACUCUCUCCGCCCUCGCCCCCGAAGCAGCAGCCGCCGCCGCGCCACCGCUCCGCAGCCAUGGGUAAGGUGCACGGAUCGUUGGCCCGCGCGGGGAAGGUGCGCGGACAGACGCCCAAGGUGGCGAAGCAGGACAAGAAAAAGAAACCACGCGGCCGCGCGCACAAGAGGAUGCAGUACAACCGCCGCUUCGUAACCGCCGUCGUCGGCUUCGGCAAGAAGCGCGGGCCCAACUCCUCCGAGAAGUAGGCGGCGCGCCUCGUCCGGUUCCUUCUUAUGCUUAUGCUCCUGUUGGUAGUAUUUUCGUUGAGGUAUUGCUAUGAAAGCAAAAGAAGAACCCUUUUUUAGUAACACUUCGUUGUUCGUGCCAUGAUGGGAUCGAACCUGAGGUAUGAUGAUGUGUCUGCUUCGUUUAGUUGAGAAUCUGAGAUAUAAUUACAUGAGCUCUUAAGUUAAAUUUGCUUAUGGUUACAAGUUUUAUUUGUCUGGUA